AAAGCUCCGCUCUCCCUCGGCCGGCGUCGAAAGCAGCGCGAUGCAUCACUGUAAGCGCUUCCGCUCCCCCGAGCAGGAGUCCUACAUGACCCACAGAUGGAAGAGGAGGCGGUCUCGCAGCAGAGAGCAUCACGAAGGGAGGCCGCGAUACCCCAGUCGCCGGGACCUGUCGCGGAGGUCACGUUCCAGAAGCCAGGACAGAAUGCCCUAUCAGAGACGAUACCGAGAGGGAAUGGACAAUGAGGUCUACGGGUUUGAAGAACGGAGCGCAUCUUUCGGAGAGGACUAUUACUCUUCCCGCCGCUCACGCCACCGCCGGAGAUCCCACGACCGAGAGCGCCACCGGACACGGAAGCACCAGCAUCGCUGCCGGAAACGCAGGACCAGGUCUUGUAGCAGUACUUCCUCGAGAAGCCAACAGAGCAGUAAACGCGGCAGGAGCGUGGAAGAUGACAAGGAAGGUCACCUGGUGUGCAGGAUCGGCGAUUGGCUCCAAGAGCGAUAUGAAAUCGUCGGGAGCCUGGGCGAGGGGACGUUUGGGAAAGUCAUGGAGUGCGUGGACCAUGCCAGGGGCAAGUCUCUGGUAGCUUUGAAAAUCAUCCGAAACGUGGGCAAGUAUCGGGAGGCGGCCAGGCUGGAAAUUAACGUCCUCAAGAAAAUUAAAGAGAAGGACAAGGAGAACAAGCAAUCCAGCUUGUGCGUCCUGAUGUCAGACUGGUUCAACUUCCACGGCCACAUGUGCAUCGCGUUUGAGCUCCUGGGCAAGAACACGUUUGAGUUCCUGAAGGAGAACAACUUCCAGCCCUACCCCCUCCUGCAGAUCCGGCACAUGGCCUACCAGCUCUGCCAUGCCCUGAAGUUUCUACACGACAACCAGCUGACUCACACUGACCUCAAGCCGGAAAACAUCCUGUUUGUAAAUUCAGAUUACGACACCUUGUACAACGAGAAAAAGAGCUGCGAGGAGAGGUUGAUCAGGAACACGAGCCUCCGGGUGGCCGAUUUUGGGAGCGCCACGUUCGAUCACGAGCACCACACCACCAUCGUGGCGACACGGCACUAUCGCCCGCCGGAGGUGAUCUUGGAGCUGGGCUGGGCACAACCGUGUGACGUGUGGAGCAUUGGCUGCAUCCUCUUUGAGUACUACCGGGGGUUCACGCUCUUCCAGACUCAUGAGAAUAGAGAGCAUCUUGUGAUGAUGGAGAAAAUUCUCGGCCCGAUCCCACAGAACAUGAUCCGCAAAACAAGGAAGCAAAAGUACUUUCACAAGGGAGGCUUGGUGUGGGACGAGAACACCUCUGACGGGAGAUACGUCCAGGAGAACUGUAAACCACUACAGACCUACAUGCUGCACGAUUCCCCCGAGCACAUGCAAUUCUUCAGCCUGAUGAGGCAGAUGUUAGCGUUUGAUCCCUCCCAGCGGAUCACGUUCACCGAAGCCCUGCUGCACUCGUUCUUCGCCAGCCUGUCCCCGGAGGAGAGGCGUCUGACCUGCCGAGACUCGAGCCGGGACCUGAGCAGAUGACUGGCGGGCGG